CCGCGAGGCAACAGGAGCCCCCACGGUGGAGUCGCCGACGAGGAGCACCUGACCCUCGAAGACGACGCCCCGUUGGCCUCAGGCUCCCCAGACCCUGCUGCCAUGUCCGGGCGCGUCGACUUUGGGGAGGCUGCGGCGCCCCCCUGUUCUGGGAAGAAGUUAUAUCUUGGUAGCAUAUAUGAUGCAGUACGAGUUGGAGAUGUGAAACAACUUUCAGAAAUAGUAGAACGCGGAGCAAAUAUUAAUGAAGUUGAUGUACUCCAUAAAUUUACCCCUUUACAUUGGGCAGCACAUUCUGGAAGUUUAGAGUGUCUUCAUUGGCUCCUUUGGCAUGGAGCUGAUAUCACACAAGUGACUACCAGAGGUUGGACAGCAGCUCACAUAGCUGCAAUCAGGGGUCAGGAUGCUUGUAUACAGGCUCUUAUAGUCAAUGGAGCAAAUCUGUCAGCUCAAGAUGAUCGUGGAUGCACGCCUUUACACCUUGCUGCAACACAUGGACAUUCUUUCACUCUACAAGUAAUACUUCGAAGUGGAGCGGAUCCCAGCCUAACUGAUAGGAGAGAUUGGAAACCUGUACACUAUGCAGCUUUUCAUGGGCGACUUGGCUGUUUGCAACUUUUAGUUAAAUGGGGAUGUGGCAUUGAAGAUGUGGACUACAAUGGAAAUCUUCCAGUUCACUUAGCAGCCAUGGAAGGUCACCUUCAUUGUUUUAAAUUCCUGCUGAAUAGAAUGAGCAAUAAAACUGAAGCUUUAAAAGCCUUCAAUGAUAAUGGAGAAAAUGUGUUUGACUUGGCUCAGAGGUUCUUUAAGCACAAGAUCUUAAAAUUUAUUCAGGGGACUGAAUCUGAAGGAAAUGAUCCAAACAAUCAGGAAACUUUAGCUUUUCCAGGUCAUGUGGCUGCCUUUAAAGGUGAUUUGGAAUUGCUUAAGAAAUUAAUAGAAGAUGGAGUAAUUAAUGUUAAUGAACGUGACAAUAAUGGAUCUACUCUUAUGCAUAAAGCUGCUGGACAAGGUCACAUAGAGUGUUUGCAGUGGAUGAUUAAAAUGGGAGCAGAUAGUAAUAUUACUGACAAAGCCGGGGAGAAACCCAGUGAUGUAGCUAAGAGGUUUGCUCAGUUAGCAGCAGUAAAGCUAUUAGAAGGGCUACAAAAAUAUGAUAUAGAUGAUGAAAUUGAAAUAGAUGAAAAUGAUAUCAAGUUCUUUAUAAGACACGGCGUUGAGGGAAGCACUGAUACUAAAGAUGGCUUAUGUCUUAGUGAGUCAGAUAAAACAGAUGCAAGAAUGAGAGCUUAUAAGAAAAUUGUAGAAUUGAGACAACUUCUGGAAAUUGCUGAGAGCAACUACAAACAGUUGGGAGGGAUAACAGAAGAUGAUAUAAAGAAGAGGAAAGAAGAGCAGCAGUUUGAAAAGACUAUCAAAGAGCUGCAGGGCCAGCUGAAUUAUGAAAGACUACGGAGAGAAAAAUUAGAAUAUCAGCUGGAUGAGUGUCGAGCAGAGGUGGAUCAACUCAAGAGCACACUGGAAAAAACUCAGGAAGAUGACCACACUUGUGAGUCAAGCAAAGAUAAAAGGAAAGUGAAGAAAAAAGUAUCUUCUGCGGGAAAUUUUGUCAAAAGGAACUAACAAAUAUAAUAAAUUUAAAUAAACUUU